AUGUCUUCACAUCUAGGUUGGUAAUGCUUGUGGAAAACACAGUUUAGAAGCUUCCUGGGUAUUGAGCAUUUUGUUUCUGCAUUUGGCUCUUCAGAAAUGUAGGGCCAUGUUUACGGCAAGGGAAUGUGUGCACAGAGAUUUUCCUGCCUUCCCCUGCCCAUCCUAUUGGGUGUACUCAAUCCACUCAUCAUAUUGCUACAAGCCUUAUGAUCCUCUUCUGAACUAAUGGGAUCAUAGGAAGGCAGAGCAUCUUAUACAGGGAAAACCCACAACCUCCCAGGCUUUCCUCCCAAGUACACACUAGGACCUCAAGACAUUCCUAUGUAGGCAUGCCCUUUGAUUAAUUUCCUAUAUAGCAAAUAAUCUUGCUUUAUAGUGAAUUCUCCUAGGACAUGACAUGUGAUGUGGUUUGUGUGUGAGUAUAGUGAUGGGUAGCCUGGAAGACAUGGGGGUUGAUUUUGUUUGCAUAGGCUACUAAACUCAGAACAGAUUACUCCUAGUGCUUUAUCAUGCUGACCUUGCAAUUGAUCAUUAACACAUUAGGGCACUUCCAUUUGUGAGCAGCCCUCAAGGCCAUUUAUGUUAAUGUCCAAAUGUCUGAUUGUUGUUGCUGUGAAAGAUAAAGAAACAGAGGCAUUUGUAAUGCAAAUGAACAUUCUGACCAAAACAGAUACUACCUUCAGAUUACAGUGGUACCUCGGGUUAAGUACUGUAUUUAAUUCAUUCCGGAGGUCCGUACUUAACCUGAAACUGUUCUUAACCUGAAGCACCACUUUAGCUAAUGGGCCCUCCUGCUGCUGCUGUGCCGCCGGAGCACAAUUUCUGUUCUCAUCCUGAAGCAAAGUUCUUAACCUGAAGCACUAUUUCUGGGUUAGCGGAGUCUGUAACCUAAAGCGUAUGUAACCUGAAGUGUAUGUAACCCGAGAUACCACUGUACAAACCUGGCUGAAGCAAGGAGCCUUAAAGCAAAUUAAAAAAAAAAUUUACGAAAUGAGAAAUAAAAAAAUGCUCUCCCUCUACCUACUCCAUUGAGCAUAGUGAUAACCUUCCUAAUUAUAGAAUCCUAGACCUGGAAGAGGGUCUUGUGGACCUCCCAGUUCAGCCCUUGCUUGAUGCAGGAAAUCCAGAGUGAGAGUUUCAAAACAGUUUGAAACCACCCCACCCAGGCAGCACUCGCCACUCCCAGCAAUUUAUCACCUUACAGACCCAGGGAUUUUGCUGGCAUCAUUGCUCAUCCUGCUAUAUUCUCUUCUCUACAUCCUGAUUUAAGCAAACAUUCCUAAAAGACAGUCCCAUGGAAGGAUUCCUUUCAGGCUGUGCAGAUAUCUGGCCAUGGUGCAUUUUUUAAAAAAAUUAAAAUAUUUCUGUUUGUUCUUUUGCUCUGGAUUACGCAGGUCACUUUGUACCGGGCAGAUACAUAGAAAAUCCUACCACGGGCUAAGGAAGGGGACACGGUGACCUCCUAAAAAUCCAUUGCAGACAUGCCGUUUUCUGAUAAGCAAGCACAGGGGGGCAGCUCUCCGCACACAGCAGAAAGAGUCAAAAGACUGGGCUCCUGGAACACUUCAGACCACAAGCAGGGCAACAGCAUUUUUGAAUGCUCCCCACUCCCCCAGAGGUUUAAAGACAAAACAAACUCCUUUCGAGGCAAAAACAAGAAUAGCAGGGAGAAAUUCUAGACAACCCUGUCUCUGUAGUCCUUGGGAAAGCAAAAAGCAAAACACAUUCAGGGGUGGUUUAAUGCUCCAUUUUAAUUUAUUUAUUUAUUGGCUUACUGCUGGACAAUAAACAAAGUAUCCAAGCAGCGAACACAUCCACGAAGCGGCAUAGAAACACCUAGUCAACAUCUGGACAGUGAUAACGCAGUUACCGAUGGCUGAGCGAUACAUCAGAAAAGACUUGUGCAAACAGGAGCGUUAUGAAGCAGGCAACCAAAGCAAAGCAUGGAUGGUGGUUGCUUAAUAAUAAUAGGCAAAGAUUGCCACAGUCCAGGUGCAAGAGCACUAAAUGCCUUGUAGCAUCCUUAAUAGAGCCCCUCUGGCUGUACAUAAAAAUUGGACAGGUAGAUAUGGGGCAAGAUGGUCCUUCAUGUCAACUGUUCUCAAGGCUUUAAUAUACUGAUAGUAAGACUGUGAAUUUGAACCAUAUAAGCAGCCAGUGCAGUUCUUUCAGCAGAAGUUUUUUAUGCUGUUGGUGGGAAGCCCCCACUGGCAACUGGGCUGCUGUGUAAGGGAAGCUCCACGUUGCACUGAUUUUGAGAUUCCCAAUGUGCAGCACCUAAGCGAUCCUAAUUCUUUCAAAAGUUUAUAGGAAGAGUUCCCAGCUUCCAAGACCACAGGAGCCUCUAGUGUUAGAGAUGGAUCCACCCCAGACGGCAAACUUGCUCCCUCAGAGGGCGGUGUGUGUGUGUGUGUGACUCCACCCAGAACUGCCUGUCUCACAGAUCUGCUCGCCUCCCACAGCACCUUUAUCUUGUUGCGAUUCAGAGGGCAGUUUAUUGGUCCCUGUCCAGCCCAACGCUUACAUCCAGGCACCGGUUCCAGGUCUUGCACAUCCAGGUCUUGCACAUCCUUCCCUGAUUCAGAUGAAAUAGAGGAGGAGAACUCGGUGUCAUCAACAUUCUGAUAGCAUCCCGCCCCAAAAUGUAUAACAAUCAUUCCCAUUGGCUUCAUUUCAUAUGGAUUUUUUUAAAAAGCAUUGGUGAAAAAAUGGUUUUGUGUGUGGUACACCAUAGCAUAAAGCCCAGGAAGCUUCAGGUUGGAAAAAUUGUAUUUGAGGCCAGGUUGUUGAUAAGCAAACAAUUUAUUAAUUGAAAUAAUAAGAACGAGCUGUUACUAAAAACAGGCCUCAGCACAGAACCUAUGUCUCUGCUUCUAGCCAUGUGACUUAGUUACAUACCCUCCAAUAUUUCUCCAAUUAAAAUAGGGAUGUCCUAUUUAAUAAUAAUAAUAAUAAUAAUAGAUGAUGAUGAUGAUGAUGAUGAUUUGUAUCUGACCCAUCUGACUGGGUUGCCAAGGCCACUCUCGGUGGUUUCCAACAUAUAUAAAAAGGUAAUAUGACAUCAAACAUUAAACACUUCCCAAUACAGGGCUGCCUUAAGAUGUCUUCUAAAGGUUGUAGAGUUAUUUAUCUCUUUGGCUCAGGGGUCACAUAACUCCAUACUCUCCAAUACUUCUCCAAUGAAAAUAGGGAAAAGUGGGACAUUCUGGGAUUUCUGUAAAUCUGGGGCUGUCCCAGGAAAAUAGGGACACUUGGAGGCUCUCUAGUUUCCUCCUGCUCAAGGAAACUGUUUAUUAUAGAGCAGGUUUCUCUCUCUCUCUCUCUCUCUCUCUCUCUAUAUAUAUAUAUAUAGAAGGAGAGCACUAGGAACAGGUAUGUCCCCACUGUGGAAGGACGUGUGGAUCCAGAAUUGGCCUCCACAGUCACUUAUGGACUCACUGAUAAGACCGUGUUCGUGGAAAACAAUCUUACUUGGCUACCAGUGAUCACCAAAGAAAGAAAGAAAAGACUUUCACUUUGUUCUGUUGAAUCCGGCCAUAGCAAGGAAGGCAAAACAACCUCUCUCGCUUUACUUCCUGCAGGGCUAGGAGUGGCAUGCCAGGUGUUUUGUUCAACACAGAACUGAGGGAAGGUAAAUUAAUGGGCGCCUCUUUAUUUUUGUGCUGCCAGGGAUGGAUACAGCUGAGCCGAGUCAUGCGUGCUGUCAGAACUGGCCCUUUGCUGCUUCGAGGAUCUUCGGUGCAAGGCUUUUUAACAGGUACACCCCAGGGGCUGUAUUGGAUUGUGUGGCUGUAUGGGGAGGGAACUACAGCCGUUUUCCCUAAGUCAUCUCAAUCUCAGGAAUAGGUUGCUCAUUCCAACAUCAGGUGUGCAUGCUCAAGAUUACUUGUUCAUUGCGAUUAGAAGCUUCCACCAUGGAAAACGCUGUCAAGAAGUCUAUGUGGUGAGUGGGUUUCUCACCCUUUCAGUGCUUGCCUAUGGAUGAAAUGGAAAUUCCGUGCUGUGCUACUGACUUUUUUAAACAAUAUAUUGCUUAUUGCAUGUUGCUGCCCUUGUUCUGCCUCUUCUCCAGAUUGUUCAGAGCAGUGUACGUACACAGUUCCCUCUGAAUCUCCCCUCCCCUUUAUCCUCACAACCAGGGGUGCCAACCUGAAUAAAAUAUUGCGAGGGGGCGGUAAGUCAUUCCUUCACAUACUGUAUUUGAGGCUCCAGGAGGCGGCCUGGCCCAUAGGGCGCACCUAGUUUUUGGGGGCCAGCGUAACACGCGCCCCCAGGUGGCUGGAAGAACUAGGUCGGGAACAUGGUGCGCUGCCUCCUGGCUGUCCCCUGAGCUUAGGCUGGGCAAUGGGAGAAGGCUGAGCCAGACGGCAGACUUGCAAGUGGCCAUCGGGAGCGGCUCGCGCCCGGCCUCCCGGUGGCCGCAAGAGAGCCAAGGCGCUGAGCCGGGGACCCGGCAGGGGCGCUCUGCGCGCCAUCGGGAGCGGGGCGGGACUUCGCGCCCGGCUCCCGGUGGCCGCACAGAGCUGCUCUGAGCCCGGGACUGCAGGCAGCUCUGUGCAACCCUCGGAGUCGGUCUCCCGAGGGUUGCGCAGAGCUUCCUGAAGCCUGGAGAGCGAGAGGGGUCAGUGCGCACCGACCCCUCUCGCUCUCCAGGCUUCAGCGAAAGCCUGCAUUCGCCCCAUAGGACGCACACACAUUUCCCCUUCAUUUUUGGAGGGGAAAAUGUGCGUCCAAUGGUGCGAAAAAUACGGUAAUUGAUCACAUGAUGCCACACACAAUUUGAAUGGCAAUGCCCAUGAACUUUGGGGAGGGGCCUCAAAUAUUUUAUUGAGGGCGUGAAGGGACCUUGGCUCCUAGGAGUUGGCUCCUGUGCUCACAGAGAUUGAGCAGGGCCACCCUAAGACAUAUGAAUUAGUGCAAGAGCACCAAGGUUGCCCUAAGGGACGCAGGUGACGCUGUGCGUUAAACCACAGAGCCUAGGACUUGCUGAUCAGAAGGUCAGCGGUUUGAAUCCUCGUGACAGGGUGAGCUCCCAUUGCUCGGUCCCUGCUCCUGCCAACCUAGCAGUUCGAAAGCACGUCAAAGUGCAAGUAGAUAAAUAGGUACCGCUCCGGCGGGAAGGUAAACGGCGUUUCCGUGCACUGCUCUGGUUCACCAGAAGUGGCUUAGUCAUGCUGGCCACAUGACCCGGAAGCUGUACGCCGGCUCCCUCGGCCAGUAAAGCGAGAUGAGCGUCGCAACCCCAGAGUCGGCCACGACUGGACCUAACGAUCAGGGGUCCCUUUACCUUUUACCAAGGUUGCCAGCACAGCUUGUGCUUUAAGCCUACCUUUCUGUUGCAAAGCCAUCUGUUUCCCAGUAGAGCUGAAAGGACUGGGGUUUGUUGCUGAGCUGCCCCCCCCCUUUUUUUUUGCUCAAUGCAAGCGGAGAAUCUAUCUUGCUUUCCACCCGCCUUUUUUUUUUUUUUAACAGUGUUAUGGACCAUGUCAGACAUCAAAGCCCUGAUUAAGCCAAUGCUUUAAUUGUAUCUUUGUGCUUCAUUACUUCAUCCCCCCCACCACCUUUGAUGAAGGACUCUCCUCUUUGCUGGUCCUCCCCCAAAUUAUCACCCCUCUGGUUUAGUUUUUAGUGCUGAGUGCUUUCUCCAGUGCGCAACCCCCCCCCCCCAUUUUUGAAGAGAUCAUAUCUGUCCAGAACAAUGUACCCACUUCUUCCCUUCUUCCCCCCACCCCCAGCUCCAAAAGAAGCUCAGCCAGUGUGGCUAAAGGCACAUUUACACCUAUUUUCGUGUUGCCUUGGCUCUCCUAUUCUUAUGAAGCUCACAUUGAUUAUUGCCUUUAAAUUCCUCAGUCCGGUCAUAGAUAAAAGGAUAACCACUUCAAAGGGAAGUGUUAAGAGUUUAACCCCCGAGCUAAAAAGAGUGGACAACAAGGUAAUUGAGGGUAAUAACUGAUCACAGACCAGCUUUUCAAAGGCACAUGUGAAUCCCUACUUUCAGAUGGCUUUAAUUUUAUUAACAUUUGUAGCAGCUCCUUGGCUUCUUGAUGCUUGCUCUCAGAGUCAUUACAAACUUCAAAGCUGGAGAAGGUAACACUCUUAAAUGGGGAACCUGACACCAGGAUGGAGAUAGAUAGAUAGAUAUCAAAUCCAAGUCCACAACCUGUAUCCUAAAAUAAUCCCAGAAGAGGUUUUUUCUUUCUUUCUUGUCAUUUGUAUAGAUUUCUGGCCACUUCCUCCCAGCACUGCUGUAUUUCUGCCUGUGGUGCAGCUGUUAAACUCAGAAGAGCCUUAGAAGGGAAAGCUAGCAACUCUGUGACCAGAAGAGGUUAGAAGCAAAACCCUGCUUGGGCAGAGUUUUAUUUUAUUUAUCAGGUUUAAUACAUGUCUAUAUGGUCCUUCAAUUUAAAAUUCCGAGGGACUUUGCAAUAACUAAUUAAAUCAUGAUAAGGCAGUGCUGCAAACAAUAAAAAGUUCUGUUGUUUUUUAAGGGGGUGAUAUAAGAGGUUUUAAAGCCUGUUCGAAAACUUUGAACAAAUCAUUUGCCAAAACCUUAAGGCACUAAAAAACAUGAGCCUAGGUGCCAGGGGAAGAGUUCCACAAACGAAGUGCCCUCUCUCCCAUAACCUGACUGCAGGUGGAACCCUUAAAACACACAGGAAUUGACCCACAUAUGUGGCUGCAUUAAGAUAUCCUGAGCUUUUUAUGUCUAAAGCCUUCUUCAGAUGACACCCCCCGGAAAGAAAGAAAAAACCCAUCCCUGCCCAAUGCUUCUAUGCCCAUUUUCCAUGUCCUCCCAGCAAACAUGCAUUCAGAAAUAGCGUGAAACACACAUAUCUGUAUGUGUGCAAACCCACUUUCACUCUACCGUCAAAUUUGCAGCCACCAACUGAGUGAGGUUAGCGGAUGUAUGAGCAAUGGAGGCAUGACUACUGUCCCACCAUCCUGUAUUCAGGCGACACUUUUGAGUCAUGAGGUUUAUGAAACCACAGUGAGCCCUGCCAGACAUACACAUAGCAGUUGGGUUUGGUGAGACCCAAGUUGCACAGGCUCAAGACAUCAGCUGAUGCCAGCCAAAACAAAACGCCACUCAUCGGCCAUGUAUAUCUGCAUCCUCAUUUUGUGAUAUAAGCUUUGCUCGUUGUUAUUGGCAGCUGCUUUUGUUGGUUUUUUUUGGGGGGGGUGUUUUUUUGCAGAUUGUUUCAAUCAUUGCUACAGCUUUUGAAAUUGUUGUAAACCCACACUCGAAUCAAAAAAAGUGAUGAAGGUGGGAUAUAAAUCUAAGUGAGAAAUAAUAGAGAAUCUCUCAAUGGUUACACCAUGCAAAAAUCAUAUAGAAUUGUUCCCUUCUAACUUUGCAAUUUUUUCUUUACAUUUUUUUAAAAUGGUAAAGAUUUUUUAUUUCAUUUUUUAAUGCGUAUAAAACAGAGGGAACUGUUAUAAUGACAGAUGGAAAGCAAAUGGUGGAAAGCGAAACUGUAAAAAGGCUUUGCAGAAUGAGUGUGUUUGCACAGGAUUUCGAACCACAGAGCCCCCAAGUAAAGGAAAUCAGGGUUGUCUGACUGCCCAGUCUAGUUCCAGAUUUGCCAGGUUGUCUUGAAAACGAUGGUUCCUCUGUUUACGUAAUAAAGGAGUGUCAAAUCUUAAAAAGAGAAUAGAAAGAACCAUAGAAUUGUAGAGUUGGAAGGGAUUCUGCGGGUCAUUUAGUCCAAACCCCCUGCAAUUUAGGAAUCUCAACCAAAGCAUCUAUGACAGAUGUCCAUCCAACUUCUGCUUAAAAACCUCCAAGGAAGGAAAGGCUACAACCUCCUGGGACAGGCUGUCAACUGUCAAACAGCAGCCAAACAGUUCGUACUGUCAGAACAAGCCUUCUGGAUUUAUUUAGCUACCUUGGAUUCCAAAAGCAGAAGGGUUGGAGAUGCCAAGUAUCUGAGAAGUCACACCACAUAACUAAUGGGCUGUGUUUCAUUUAGUGAGUUACAGGUUGUGCAGUCCUGAGCAAAAAGUUAUCAGAGUUGGUGGGAAUCCAAGGAUAAGAGAAGUCUCGGUUCAAUUUCCCCACUUCUGGAUUCUUUUCCCGAGCGCCUGGCAUCCAUCUUGCCUUUAUUAUUACAUACCAAAAUAUUUUUGCUCCUCACUUGCAUGUUUCUUUCCUGAAAAACCUCCCUCGAUAACUAUUUCAAAGGGGAGAUUUAAUAAUUUAUGCUGGCACUUUUGUUUCAACUUUUCCCCCGUUCAGCAAAUGCAUGGAAAUUUCAAGAAACUGUGGAUCAAUGUAUUCCCUAGGCACGGGCAAACCAAAAAGAAAAAGAAAAGAAGGGAAUAUGUUAAUGUUAAGAGCUGUUGUUAUUAUUUUUGUGCUGCACUGGCUUCCAUUUCUAGGCCCGAACCAUGGUGCUCGUUCUAACCUUUAGAAAUCUGAGUGUCUUGGGACUCUGACACCUUAAGCGCCACUUUUUCCUGCACAAACCUGGCUGGCUACUGAGAUGCUUUUUGGAAGUCCUCAGGUUGCCUGCCUUUUAAAGCGCAGGAAAGGGGAAUGCCCAGAUAUUGUUACACUACAACUCCCAUCAUGCUUGACCAUUGGCCUUGCUGGCAGGUGCUGAGGGCAGCUGACCUCCCUAUAUCAAGUAAAUAAAUUAAAAUACUUAACGGACCGAUCGAGUCACAGAUAGCUCAGUUCUGCCCCCCCUCAAAACUCCUAACCCCCCCCCAUAAAUCUUGGCUAUGCCCAUAGCUGAGGGAUAUUGGAAACAAAAUUUGGUGGAUGACAGGUCCCCUAUCCCUGUUUUAGAGCUAAGACUGGUAUGAGUGACCCAUGAUGGGGCCUAUUCAAACACACACACACCCUUCAUACCCUCCAACAUUUCUCCGAUGAAAACUGGGAUGUCAGAUACAACAACAACAACAACUUUAUUAUUUAUAACCACCACCACCCCCGCAUUUGAGUGGUUGCCCCAGCCACUCUGGGUGGCUUCCAGUAUAAAUAACAUAUUAAAACAUUAAGCAUUUUAAAAACUUCCCUUUUACAGGGCUGCUUUCAGAUGUCUUGUGAAGGUUGUGUAGUUCCUUAUCACCUUGGCUCCAGGGUCACAUAAUUCCAUAUCCUCCAACAUUUCUCUGAUGAAAAUAGGGACGUCCCAAGGAAAAGCAGGACAUUCUGGGAUCAAAUCAAAAAUCGGGAUGGGUUCUGUAAAUUUGGGGCUGUCCCUGGAAAAUAGGGACACUAGGAGGGGCUGCACACUGGCCUACCAAAUUUGAAAUACCUUUAACUGGGCUCGGAAGAAGGUAACAUAGAACAAAGGAAGGAUUUCAAUAGGCAAAGCCCUUUUCACUUUUGCAUGACAAGCUGCGCUGGUCCAAACUCCUUCCGUACAACUCUUAAAGGGAAAGCAGGUCCACAAUCUGUUUGUGCCUUGAAGGGAGGGUUGUGUGGGCACACUGCCUUUCAACUGCUCUUUGAGUAUUAUUACAGACAUUUUCCAAGAAGAGGCCAGAAAGAAAACAAAGGUUUUCCAUUCCUUUACUCCCAGGUCACGUUUGUAGGGUCUCCAUGUUAAUUUACCCCUGUGAGAUUGAUACAUGCUCUAUCCCUACUCUGGGAAAAUGCACAUCUCUUCUUUCACACCUGUCCUGGAACUGCAUGGGAAGGUGGGUGAGCUACUCAAAUACACUCUGAAUAAUAUUCAAAGUGGUCUCUCUUAUGUUUAUGAAUCAGUGGCUAAUUUCUUAUGAAUAAGGGACUCUGCAGUCUCACAUCUUUUUGACUGAAUCCAAGGUCCACAGGAGGUUCAUUAACCUGUGACGCCGAAAUUCAGGAUCUCCCCCCCCCAAAAAAACCCUGAUGCCAAAGUUUUGUGAUAAUUUUGUGCUGCAAACACCACAUUUUGUGCCACCACCACACCAAACUGAGUAAUUGACAAAACAAAUUGGGGUCACAAGUUAAUCCCAAAAAUCCAAACUUGUCUGAUUGACUCCAAACCAGUUCCAAAGUUUUCUGCUAGUUUUGUGGCGUUUUGCACCAUGGGCUAAGGCUGAGCACUCUUAUUCACAAUAGGGAAAGAGCCCCAACCCACAAAACCCACCUCCCAUCUCUGAAGAGGACAUAAAAAAAAUCCACGCUCAAGCAUGUGGCUUGUUUGUUACUUGCAGAAAGUAACAGGGUCUGUCCAAUCAGAAUCUGAAUAACAAUAGCAACAACAAUGGGUGGAUGAGAGUAAUUGAGUGUUUGAGGCCAUACAAAGCUGGGAAAAAUGAGAUUCAAAAGGGUGUAUUACUAAUGUGUUUAUGCGUGUGUCCUCUGGCUUUACCAGGCAAGUUCCAGUAAUAUUAAUGAGAGCUAGGCACGCAACUCCCUUGAAUAGUGGAGGAAAAAAGAAUACUCUAUUGUCUUAAUCCUGCAUGAAAGCUUUCUCCUGCAUAUGUCAUGAGAGAAGUGUUGGUGUCCUACAGUGGAGGAGACCAAAGGUCCCAUUCUCAUGUCACCGCUGCGCAUACCACUGCUAUUGUAGAAAUUAGAUGAGCUGACUGUGACAUUAUAUGGUUUUCUCAUUCAAACGCUUUUGUGUGAAAAAUGGGGGCUCCGGGAGAGGGGCAGGCAGGAAACGGCAUAGCAAGUAGCUACACCUGGAUCCAUGGUACAUAGAAAGACAGUUUUGAAAUAGCAGUGCAACAUAAUGAACACAAUACCGCCCACCCCAAAAUAAAGCCACCUUCUUUGGUCACAGGUACUCAAGUUUCAAGUUUAUUGCGGCCAAAGCCAGUGACACUAAACACCAUAAGAUCAGACAACAAGAGAUCAGCAACAACUUCAGAAAAGAAAAAAGGUUACACAAGAGAACUUCACAGUGUGCCAUUCAACAGAAGAGAUUUACGCUUCUUAAUUACUAAAGUGCAAAAUUUAGCCACCUCAUAUGAUACUGAGCUUGAGGAGUCUUCCAGGAGGUAUUUUCGAAGAAUUUCAGGGAGGAUUCCAAAUAAUAUUGAAGGGGUAUAAAUUUUGAUAGAAGCGGUAAAAUAAGUUGAACUCGUUCUUCACUAUAGAAUUCGCAAGAUAGAAGAAUGUGUGUGACAGAUUCUACCUUAUUAGACAUACAAGGGCAGAGACGCGCAUGCAUUGGAACUCGCGUGAAUUUGCCGUACAGCACUGCUGAGGGCAUUGUCUCAAAGCGGGCUCUAGAGAAAGCCCAUCUAUAGGCUUUUUGGUCACAGGUACUGAAGACUUCAAAAAAGAAAAAAUAGUUACAUUUGGUUCAAACCCCAGCUUGCAAGUUGAGGUCAUCUCACAGCCAACCAGCCCUUUUGUAUAGCUGACAAUAGGCUCAUUAAAGGCACACCCAAAAUGUGAACGUAAUUGCUUAUUACUCCAGACAUGGCUAAAGACAUUAGCACAAAUUCCGCAGAUUUAUAAUGUCCCAUUGUCUUUUCAUUACCCAUGCAUGCAGAUGACAUGAGAGUCCAACAGACCUCAGGCACAUUCCAGACUAUAAAGAACACAGUAUUGUUACAGACUGAAGAAUAG